AUGGACGACCAGGAGGCACGGCGCUCGUCUCCACGCCCGCCUGCCGGGCAGCCCGAGCUCCAUACCUGUGAAGCUGCGCAGGCGGCGGAGGCCAGCCGCCUCCCGGCAGCACAACGCCUGGAGGGGCAGGCGUGCCUGCUUGUCGCGUCGCUCCUGCUUGCAUACAACUUGCCCGACCCGCCGGCCCCCGUGGUGCUGGCGGCCGCCCGAGGCACCCUGCAGCUGCUGCUCCUGCUGGGCCCCUCCCUGCUGCUGGGCGGCGGCGCAGCCUGGCGGCCCGCCACGGCGGCUGCGGCGCACGGCGCAGGCCUGGAGCCGCAUGUUCUUCGGCCAGCGGCGCCUGAGGAGGCAGCCAGCAGCGGUGCAGAGGAGCCCAGUGAGGAUGAGGAGCUGGGUCAGCCGCUCCUCCAUGCCAGGGCGCCUGCGCAGCCGGCGGCACGCCAGCGCGGCAGGCCGCCGUGGCAGCCGCCGCCGCAGCUGCUCUACGAAGUGCCGGAGCCGGCGGGCGGCCUGGAGCCGUGGCCUGCCGCGGUGGUUGUGGUGGAGGAGGUGGCUGAGCCGCCGCCUCGACUGCCGUUGGGCCUGCCGGCACCGCUGCUAGCCACACUAGAGAUAGGGCUGUACAACACCACAGGCACGCUGGCGCAGACGACCGGGCUGGAGCUGACCACCGCCACGCGCGCCGCCUUCCUCAUCCAAGCCUCCAUCCUGUUCACUCCUGUGCUGGCCGCCCUGGCCGGCAGGGCGCCCAGCGGGCGGGUGUGGGCAGGCAGCCUGCUGGCGUUGGUCGGCACGCUGCUCAUCACUCUGGACCGCUGGAUGGAGGCGCACCUGGAGGCGCUGCCUGCAGCUGCCGGCGCCGCAACGGCGGCGACGGCGGCCCCCGCGGCGACCUCGCCAGUCGGCGAUGCGCUCAUGCUGUUUGCUGCGCUCUGCUACUCGGCUUCCACGGUGCGCAUCCCGGUGUGGGCUGUGCGGCACAGCGUGGCGUCGCUGCAGCUGGCGCUGGGCAAGUCGGCCUUCCUGGCGGCGGUGUCGGCGGCGGUGCUGGGGCUGGAGGCCGCGCGAGUGGUGGCGGCGGGCGAGCCGGCGACCGCGCUGUGGCCCGGGUGGCGCGGCUGGGAGGGGUGGGCCAUCAUCUCCUGGAGCGCCUUGGGGCCGGGAGCCCUGGCCGCCGUUCUUCAUGUCAAGGGGCAGAGCCUGCUCCCCGACGCCUCCAAGGCCCAGAUCAUCUUCUGCAGCGUGCCGCUUUGGUCGGCCCUCAUGGCUGCGCUGGUGCUGCCUGGAGAGAAGGACCAAAUUGGGCUGGCCACGUGGCUGGGCGGCGGCGUCAUCGCCGCGGCGAGCCUGGUGGCGGCGCUGCCGCGCAGAGGGCGGCGCUGA